AGUCGUGCUGCAUGCAAGCGAGCGAGUCACGAAGAUCUUCGAGGAGGAGUCGGGACGUGCAGAAAUCGAUGCAUUUGUGGCUCGUGAAAAUUUGUCGUCGCAAAUGUAGAUGAAGAAUGAAAUCGUACGCUUCGCUCGCCGCUGUGAGCCGAGAAGGGCAAAUUUCACUAAGUUUAACUUUGAUUUGUCGGUCAGCCUAUUCAUACUAAACACCGCCAUUUCUUCAGCACACGGACGCAUCUUAGAUGAAGGAACAAACCGGCACUUCCGAACUCCGUGAUUGCCCAACCUGUAAGACUUCUCGGGCGGUGAUCGGUGAUCGGUGAUUUCUAAACAGAGAUUAUAUUCAGGACGUUUGGAAUGCCCCAAUGGGUUGCAAUGUGGCAUGGAGACGACAAAAAUUCCAAAAACCCUGCACUGUCUCUGAAACCGAUACCGGAAUUUAUGGCUGCCACGAUCGACAUGACAAGUGCCUGACAAACCGAAAUACAAGUUGCGUCGGUCGGACCGGGGCUCCAGCUUCGUUGUGAUUCGAUUGCUGGAGGCGUUGUGCCUUUUGUGUCGAGCCAUAAUGCUCGAGCAGUGUGAUGGCCGACAGAAAGAUGGAGAAGAAGCCGAGUCCACGGGCCUUUGACUGGGACGGUGUGUUCGUAAGAAUACGCACAAUCCAACGACCUUCUGCGCCGAUUCUGCGCCACCGGCGUCGACGACGACGACGGCAUGGGGUUGAAUAUAUACCUCGCUACUCAUAUCUCUCCGCCGCUGCUAUUUGUCAGCUUCACAUGCUCUACAGUCUGUGAACAGACGCCGUUCGUGGAUGGACUUUCGUCGUUCGAGUAAAGUUUGCGGUCGACUCCGGCGGUGGGAGAAAAUCUCUGGACGCUCGUGGGGAGGUGGUGAAGCAUUUGCUACGAGCUCUUCGGAGGAAAUAAGAGCAAAUGUGUUUCUAACCUCGGGCAGUUGAUUCCGUCCUCUCAGGUUUCCUUUGAUGCUUCAGUGAGAAGCUCUCGGGUCAAGGCCAGGGCAACAGACCUUUCAGCUCUUGCACCCGGAACAAACGGAAUAUUGAGGCGCAGAAUGAAACACCUGGAGGAGCUCUGGGUGGAAAGGCAAUUGAAGCUAUUUCCGUUCGUCGUCUGCUCGUCUUAGCAACUCCUGGCCAAUGCUCGCAGACAUCUGGCGAGUGCACGUGGCACCAUCUUCUCAUCGCUCAUGUUCUCGGAGAGUCUUAAUGCUGAAAGUUUGAAGAAGCCCACAAAUGGCUUUGAAGGUCCCACCACUCCUCUCGUCACAGCUUGUGGAUAUGGCUGAUAGCCAACGGGAAGCCAAGAGGUCGAGAACUGCUGCUGGAAGCUGACCUGACCAGGUUUGAAGAUUCGAUCAGCCCUGAAUGUUGUGAGUCCUCAGGGCCUCUCAUCUCGAUUCCGAGGAUUCUCGUCAUAUCCACGCCACGGAAGAGAUUCAAAUGAACAAGAGCAGUGAUCAGUCUCGAUACUAAGUCCUGGCGGCUCGGCUCGGGAACUGAGGUCCCACCAUCCGAGGCUCAACGUCCAAGUGUUGGCUCCUCCAGCCAUCACGAUCUUCAGAGCUCAGUACGGUGGGCACAUACAUAACAGCUUAUUCUCAGACUUCUUCGCAGAAGACUUUCGUCUAUGUAACAGAGAAUGAAGAAAAGAGCUUAAAAAUGAAACAGAAAAUCUGGUCUUUGGGCAUUUGAGUAUUCUGUCUGUACCUGCAACAGACAGAUUCCUCAUGGAACCCAUAGCUUUCUGUCUUUCGAAGUGCCUGGAACUCCACUUCAGUCAUCGUCGUUCACCAAACUGCUCUUCCGAGAGCAUCGAUCAGCUACCAGUGAGUGAAGUUGUCUUCAGAAGGGGUUAGGUGUAAAGGGCAGACCAUAGACGAGUGUCUUCACCUGAACUCUUCGCGUAGAUAUGCUGCUGCAGCAUCAGUGAGAAGUCCAGACUUAAGUGAUUAUAUUGGUUCCAUCUCAUUGUGCCAGACGUGUAAGUCCAGAUAAGACCCAACGGACUGCUGAUUCCCAUCAUAUCCUUGAUUCUGUCACAACUGACUUGCUGUUCGAGAAAAAAUUUGCCCAUCUAACCAGUUCACAAGUCGUGGCUUAAUGCAAACCAGGUUUCGCCGUUCCGAAGCGUUAACGCUAGAUAGAUGGCCACAAAUUGCCAAGAUCCAGUUGAAGGACUUGCAUCAGGACCCGGUAAUCUCAGCUCUGGUAGUGUUGAACAAUAAUUUCUUCAAAAUACGCAUAUCUUUCGGCCAUGACAGAGGCAGAAACAGAUAUUAUGGUGAAGGGCUCAGUGUCAAGGGCAGACCGCACAGAUGAAUGAAGUGAGUGCGAGCAAGUACUCUAUCAACUCAUGACCGUCUGAUUGAGACGAAAUUGUCGAAGUUUUAAAGGCUUACAGGUCUUCAGAUCAAUUUGAUCAUACUAAAAUCAAUGAACUUCACAUUGGCUAAGAUGUACCUCGA